AUGUCAGCUGCUACUACUGAAGAAUUUCAACAACAACCUUUUCAGCCUCAAUUUCAAGCAUCACGUCAAGCACCAAUUCACCAACAACGAAUUAAGGAACAACAAUCAACAACAACAACAACCACACCGGGUAAUCAAUUCCAAAAACAACCAAUACAACCUCCACCACAAUUUAAUCAACGCCAGCAACAACCAGUUCAACGACAAGUAUCAAAUACACCACCCCAAUCUCAAUCAAAAACUACGAGUUCAAAAUCAUCUGCUAAAGAUUCAGAAGAUAAUGGACCAACAAAUGAAAUUGACUCUUCCAAAAAGAAGAAAAGAUUAGUUAGAGCUCCACCAACUGCAAAUCCGUUAAAAUAUAAAGCUUGGUUACUUGGUCAUUGUUUUACAUUAAUUUUUGGUACUAUAUCAUUUAUAUUUCAAAUUUUUUGGUUACCAAAUAAAUGGUACAUUAAUUCAAUAUGUUAUAGAUUAUCAUUAUUAGGUUCAAUUACUGCUUUGACUGCCACUUUUAGUCAUAAAUUUGGUUUACAUUGGCUACCACCAAUUGCAACUUUAAUGUCACAUCAAAAUUUUCAAUAUUUAGUAUUAGCUAUAAUAUGGUGCUUUUCAUUUAAAUCAAUUUUUAAAAUUAUUCCAUAUUAUAUUUUAAGUUUAUUGCAUUUAAGUCAAAUGAAAAAAAUUGAUAUUAUUAUGAAACACACAAGUUUUUUAGCAUCAAUUAUUGCUUAUGAUGAAUUAUUUUUAAUAAUUUAUUUAAUUUUACGAACUUUAUUUUUUAGAAAUGCAAGUGGAUAUCAAUUAACUAUAUUUUUAAUCUUUUAUUGGCUUAGAAUUUUAUAUAAUAAAGAAACUGGUAAUUUAUUUGCUGCAUUAAUUGAAAGAUUAGAUGAUAAAACAAAAAGUAUUAAAAAUGCAAGAUUUCAACAUUAUUGGAGUAAAACAAAAGGAUUUAUUAAAGAAAAACAAGCAGAAGAACAUCAAGAUAAUUAG